AUGACAUCAUCCUGCCAGAAAUGCCGUAAACGUAUCAAAUUCGAUGAAAGUUUGGAAAAUGUGGAUAGUACAAGCCUUAGUAUGAUACAGAGCACUCUUAGCCAGAGUUAUAUAAAUAUAUCCGAUGCUGGUGAUGGACGUGAUACACGGGAGGCACAUGACGCACGCAACUCAAAUACCCCCGACUUGUCCACCCAGUCUCCCUCCGCUAUACGUAUCAAGCUUUUUGCUCUACUAAACAGCAACUCGGACAUGAAACACCCACUCUGCGUCGAUUGCGCUAACGUUGCUCUCCAGCUGCUUGCUGGUGAGUUGGAUGACUUGAAGCGUGAGCGCGAUGCGUACAUGUCUUUUGACAGUCAAGCUGCACUUCUCCACAAGCAGUUUGAUAAGAAAGACGAUGACAAUCGCAAUGAAAAGGGUGACGAUGACGAUAUCGAUAAGCACCAUCUACUUGAGCAGCUGCAAAGGGAGACGAGCGAGAAGAGCAUGCAGCUCGAUCGUCUCGAGGCGGAGAAGAGGGAUAUGGAGAGUGAGAUGCACGCGCUAGCCGUCGAAGAAGACGCUCUAGAAGCAGAGGAGACGGCACACCUACGUCGUCAUUCACUGCGUAUACUGCAGCAGAAAGAAUCUCAACAAUCUGCCAUUGCCUCCCAACACACCCUAGCCACCGCACAAAAUGAACUAGAUCGCCUAGAAAAGACUAAUGUCUGGGCAGACGUCUUUCGUAUUUCUUCCGAUGGCGGUAUUGGCACUAUUUGCGGUCUAAGGCUAGGCAGAAUUGAUCAGAAUGUCGAGUGGAGUGAGAUCAAUGCGGCGUGGGGUCACGUAGCUUUUCUCCUCUACUCGGUCGCCAACAAGCUCCAAUUUGAAUUUAGCGGCUCCAGGAUAAUCCCUCUCGGUUCUUACUCGCGGAUAGAAAGGGCAACGCAGACGCAGAACGGGGUUAAAUGGGAGACACUUGAGUUACACCACCCUGGCAGCGCCCUAUCGAUGCUGCAUACCCGCCGAUUCGAUCAGGCUAUGGUGACGUUCCUCGAUAUGCUUAGGCAGCUGGUGGAUGACAUUAGCGCGCGAGACACGUGCGUGCGCUGGCCAUACAAAAUUGGGCGUGAGAAGCUGGCUGAUCACUCUAUUCGCCUUCCCGGUCAAUUCACAAGCGACAGGGCUGCGGAGGAGGAAUGGACAAGGGCGCUGCGUGGGUUGCUGGGUACGUGCAAGGUACUUGUGCAGUGGGCGACGUCGGAGUAG